UUUUAAAAAAUCUAAUAAAAAUAUGUAUAAAAACUAUAAUAUAUAUAUAUACUAAAAUACCAGAUUUAAACUUUCAAUCUAAUAAAAAACAUCUUAAAAAUAUAUAUGAUUAUCUAAACAAAGAGUGAAAUAAAAGAAAAAUAUAGGAAAAUAUCAUUUCUUAUCAAGCUCUAAUUUUGCCAAAUUAUGCAUAAAUUAUGAAAAUAUUACAAACAUUAAUGUUAGCCAUGGAAUGAGCCUUAGUAAGACCACUGAGGUUUUUUAGUGCUUAAAAUGUCAUUUCCAUCACAGAAUAAAUGCUGAUUUUUUUUAAAAAAAAAUUUAUGUGAUGGAAAUGACAUUUUUAUGAUGGUUCAGGGGGGAAAUGGAAUUCUGCAUGUACUGCGGUGGACAAACUUUGAGAGUUUAAAAACAUGUUUUAAAGGAGUUUCUUUUCUAGAAAUCCUCAGGAUGAAAAGUGCUGUAGAAACACAUGCUUUCAUAUUGAAAUAAGAGCUGUAGUUUGUCCAGCUGUAGUCAUGGUCACUCAGCCUGUCGUAUAUAAACGGGAACAGGCUGAUGGGCAUCAGAGGCACACGCUGCCGGUCCGUCUGGGAUUGUCAUGAUUCAGGUUUAAUUGCCCCAGGGGCAGAACUGGCGUCUCCAGGAGCCAGGUAAACAGAGGCAGGGCUGCAGUAGAUCCAGAGAGACAGAGACAUGCAGAGCUCCAGUAAGGAGGAGAACGGCAGCAGUCUGUUCCACCGCCGGCUGACACACCGGAGACGGACACGGCCGGACAACGAGCUGAAGUUCCUGUUACACCGGCUCAUCGUGGUCGGCCGUCUCUCUGGCGCACUCGCAGACCGGACGACGGUGGGAGAUCACUUCGAGAGGCUGAACAUCAGUGUUCAGAGGAGCCGUCCGGGAGAAGACGUCACCGGCGUCCUGCUGCUCUACCCUGAACAUGUCCUGAACGUCAUCGAGUGUUCCACUGAAGCUCUGCUGUCUGUCCUGCAAGACCUGCGACACAUGGAGGAAAACCUGCACAGCGGCCUGAUCCUGGAGCCCAGAAUCCUGCUGGCGUCCCACGACCUUCACAGCAGACUCUUCCAGCAGUGGAACUACAAGCUGUUGAGCGAGUCUGACGGCCGCCGGACCGUCGUCUCAGAGGACCAGAGCCCGGAGGAACUAGUGAACGAAACUCUCCGUCAGGUCCUGCGGCUCGGGCGUCACCUCUUCAACGCGACAGAACAGAUGACGGGAUCUAAAGUGAUUCCAGAUGAAGUUCUGAAGGACGCAGCAGAUGUGAUUCCUCCUCAGGCCGCAGUGUGUCGUCUGGUCCAGAUGGAGGCGCUGUUGAGCCCUGCGCGCUACUUGAGCACAUAUCAUUCACCUCUACAUCAGCUGCUGGACUCUGAAUCUGUGUGGCCUGCAGUGGAACAUCUUCAGAUCGUUUGAACAACUUUAUUAAUAAAUACACAUUUUUUUCACA